AUGGGUCCUGACGGCAGUAACGAAAGCCUCAAGCGUACUCGAGCUACACCCGUAGCUCGAGAGCCUGCAAUUCCAUGGUCUUUCAAAAGGCGAAAGUUGGACGCCAACGGCAAGCCUCUCGCCUCGUCCCCGACGACACCCAAAACCAACCUUGGCGCCAACUCCUCGACCGUCAAGAAAACUGCCCGCAAGACAGAAUCGUCUCCCGUCUCGGCCUAUGACGUACCAGACUCCCCCGAAGACAACCCGCCACAACGGAUCCGAAAUGUUAGAAGCGUAGACCGACCGACCGGCAAAGUUCCAAUCCCGCCUCAUCGCAACAUCGAAGAUGACAUAUACGAAAUACCUGGCUCCGACGACGAGCUACGCUCGAGCCCGAAGGAGGUGAAUGCGCUGAAGACGAGUCCCACGAAGAGGAAGAGCAUUGGUGCGGCCAACGGAGAGACGAACAAGACCGAUACAGGAAACCCGGUUAAAAAACGGACGUCUCGACAGCAGAUAACGAAGAAGAUGGCGGAUCAGGACGAUGAGGUUGCUACGACAGAGCAGUCGUCCUCACAGGUACGGUCAAGCGGAAGACGUAGGAUCCCAACCGCAAAGAUCCUUGAAGUCCAGGAAGAGAAGCUGGCAAGCCGUUCAGCCACCCCGACGUCCCGCGCAAGGUCAUCCGCAGCGGCAAAAGAUGCUGUGAGUUCGAAGACCACCACAAAAACGAAUCGCAACAUUUCUAUGCCCCUGAAAGGCAUCUUGACGCCGUCCAAGCGGGAUGGUACGCCAAGGAGAAGCAAGAGUGUUGCCUUCGACUCGGUCAAUGCCCAGGAAACAGAGGAGGUUUUCUUCGAAGAUCUUCCCAUCAAAUCUGCGACCAAGUCUGGGAGAGGUCGGAAUCCUUCGCAGAAACUCAUGGAGGCGGAGACAGCAGUGACAAAAUCUGCAAAGCCACGAAAAGCGCCUGCGAAGGUGGUAGAGGAAGAGCUGACGCAAGAGGAAACCGAGGCACAAGAAGAAGAACAGGAGGGAGAGGAGGUGGAGGAGCCAGACGCAGAAGAGGACGAAGACGUCUGCCUGAUAUGCUCAAAACCCGACUCCAAGCCGGGGAACCGGAUUCUGUUCUGCGAUGGCUGCGACAAGGCUUAUCACCAGAAGUGCUACAAAGUUCCCAAAGUUCCCCGUGGCGACUGGUACUGCAAUGAGUGCGUCCAGCAGAAACAAUUACGAGCGACGGCUGCGGACGAGGCGGUGAAGAUACCUAAUUUCCAGCAACACCUGAGCAAUCUGAAAAGGGUGUUGCUGGAUCGCUGUACCGGGCGCAGACGAAUCAAGCUGAUUGACCAGGAUGAAGCCAUGGAGAAAGCACAUCAGCUGGUCGAGCAGACGAUUCUAUCGGGAGAAGGCAACUCGAUGCUCAUCAUUGGCGCUAGGGGCUGCGGCAAGACUACGCUCGUUGAGAGUAUUGUUGACGACAUGUCUCUGCAGCACAAGCAAGAGUUUCAUGUGGUGAGGUUGAACGGAUUUAUCCACACCGACGACAAGCUAGCUCUGAAGGACAUCUGGAGGCAGUUAGGCAAGGAGAUGGAUGCGGAGGACGCAGGCAAUGCUCGGUCAAAUUACGCCGACACCAUGGCCUCACUGCUCGCUCUGCUCUCACACCCAUCAGAAAUGGCUCAGGCGGAAGAAGGCGUGACCUCGCAGGCGGUCGUCUUCGUCAUCGACGAGUUCGACAUGUUUGCUGCGCACCCCCGCCAAACCCUGCUCUAUAACCUAUUCGACAUCGCGCAGGCGCGGAAGGCCCCCAUUGCGGUGCUGGGCUGCACGACCCGCAUGGACGUCGUGGAAAUGCUCGAGAAGCGUGUCAAGAGUCGAUUCAGCCAUCGCUAUGUCUACUUGUCGCUCCCGAAGAGCUUGCCGGCAUACUGGAAAUUGUGCAAGCAAGGUCUGGUUGUGGACGAUGAUGACAUGGAAGUUGAGGGUAUCGAUGUGAGUGUCGCAGGGCACGAAGCUUUCCAUGCCAACUGGAAGGCGAUGAUCGAAGUCCUAUACAAGGAGAAAUCGUUCCAGAACCUCCUGCAAUACCACUACGUAACGUCGAAAUCCGUCUCGGCAUUCCUAUCCGAAUGCAUACUCCCCUUGUCAUCUCUGUCAACGGAUUCUUUCAACCUCGUCAUCCCUCCGCAGGCCGGUCCCGUUGUCUCCCUCACAUCGCCAAACUCCAAGCUGCACAUCCUACCGUCGCUCUCGGAGCUGGACCUGGGCCUCCUCAUCGCAGCAGCGCGGCUCGAUAUCGUGGCGCACACGGAUACGGUCAAUUUUGCGAUGGCGUACGACGAGUACGGCUCGCUAAUGGGCCGGCAGCGCGUGCAGUCGGCGAGCUCGGGCAUGCUGGCAAUGGGCGGCGGCGUGCGGGUGUGGGGCCGCGGGGUCGCGGGGCUGGCGUGGGAACGGCUCGUCGCUCUGGGGUUGCUGGUGCCGGCAGGGCUGGGCACCGGCCGGGCGUCCGGGUACGGCGGGCUGGAAGGGAAGAUGUGGAAGGUCGACAUGGCGCUAGAGGAGAUACCUGUCGGGGUGAAGUUGAACAACGUGUUGGCGAGGUGGUGUAAGGAGAUUUGA